AUGCGUCCCCCCUUGGGUGUCCUCUUCUGCCUCCUUUUUUUGGCCCUCCACUCAAGUGGGAGCGCGGCCAAACUGGUGAACGACGUGGAAAAUGGCCAAAGUGGGAAAGGAGGCGAGAGUGGCAAUGAUGGCAAUGAUGGCAAUGAUGGCAAUGGUGGCAAUGGUAACAAUGGUGGUGAUAGUGCCGAUGGCGCAGAUGGCGCGGAUGGCGCGGAUGGCGGCGAAAAUGACGAAUCCGCCAGUGCCUCUAAACCCAAUUUAAGAGGCGACGUCUCCGCCAAAGAAGACGCCGUUGAUGCGUCAGAAAACUCGCACGGCAGUGACUCCGCUGAGGAGGCCCCGCAAGCAGAACUUAAAAAGAGUGACCCAAGCGAGGAAGCAGCUGAAGCAGCUGGAGCAGCUGAACCCACACAUGUGGCCCUUCCCCAAGAGGACGCUGACCAAGUAGGAGCGCCUUUGGAAGAUGGAGCAAACGACCAAGCGCAAGAGUGUGCAAAUAGCCUAGACGGGGAAAGUACCACCCCCAGUGGGGCGCAACCAUCCGAUGCGGACGAGGAGGAAGAAACGCAAGAAGAGAAGCUCGUAGUAGAUGGCGAAUAUGCAGGAGCGGACUACACAGGCGAAGCGUACGAAGGAGUACAAUACACAGACGAGAACUACGAAGCAGCUAACUACCCAGGCGAAGCAUUCGAAGGAGCAGACUACGCAGAUGUAAACUACGCAAACGCGAACUAUGCAGAUGCGAACUACGCAGGAGCUGACUACACAGGAGAAGCAUUCGAAGGAGCAGACUACGCAGGAGAAGCAUUCGAAGGAGCAGACUAUGCAAAUUAUGCAAACUACGCAGACGCAUACUACGCAAACUAUGCAGAUCCAAACUUCGCAAACUAUGCAGAUGCAUACUACGCAAACUACGCAAAUGCAAACUGCGCAAACGACGCAGAUUCAAACAGCGAAGAUUCAAACAGCGAAGAUUCCAACAGCGAAGAUUCAAACAACGAAGAUUCAAACGACGCAGAUGCAAACAGCGCAGAUGCAAACAGCGCAGAUGCAAACAGCGCAGAUGCAAAUAACGAAGAUGCAAACGACGCAGAUGCAAACAGCGCAGAUGCAGAACCGGAGGUGGCGCCCGAAUCUAACGGAGAGACCAACGCCUCCACGGACGCUACUCCCAGUGAUGCCCAGACGGCAGAGGCAGAUACAGGAGACUUCGUAGACCUCACAAAAUAUAUACAGUCAACGGAAGAUUCUCUUAAGGACCUGAUCCACAUAAUUGAUAAUGAUGAACAAGCCUCCGGGGGAUUUGGAGAUAUAAUGAAGGAUAUGCUUUACAUGCUCCUUCAAAUGUAA